CAUCACUUCAGAAACCAGCAAAUGACAACUCACACACACACUCACAUUCUCACACACUCACACACUCUCACACACUCUCACACACUUGAGUGGAUUUAACCUGGACUCAGAGGAGAGCUGAUUCACACACAGAUUACGAUAAAACUGGUGAGUGAUGGCUGAACUUGGACCUGAGCUUUUCUCUGAGCAGGAGAUGACGUGUUCUAUCUGUCUGGACCUGUUCACUGAGCCCGUGUCUACGCCGUGCGGUCACAACUUCUGCCAGGGCUGCAUAGGGGGUUAUUGGGCCACGAGUGCAGAGUGCACAUGUCCUCUGUGUAAGCGGCCCUUCGAUGGCCGUCCAGAGCUCAGCAUCAACCGUGUGUUCGCUCACAUUGCGCAGAAGUACAAGGAGAUGCGAUAUGGAGGGCCUCCUCCCAUCAAACCACGGCAGAAGAUUCCAGCUGGCACCACAGUAGCAGGAGGAGGAAUUACGCUGCAGAACAGCACCAACAUUCCAGACAUCCCAUGUGACAUGUGCACCGGUAGGAAGGAGCGAGCCGUGAGCUCCUGUCUCACCUGUAUCGCCUCAUACUGUGAGACGCACGUGCAACCUCACCGCCAAAUGCCGUUCUAUACCUCGCACCAACUCCUGGACCCACAUGAGGCUCUGCGAGGACGCACGUGUAGCCAACACGGACGGCUGCUGGAGGUAUUCUGUCGCACAGACCAGCGCUGCAUCUGUGCCAUCUGUGUGCUGGAGGAACACCGGACUCACGCCACCGUGUCUGUGCAGACCGAGCGCGCCGUCAAACAGAGGAUGCUCGGGAAAACCGAACUGGACAUCCAGACGUCCAUCGAGAGGCGAGGGCUGCAUCUCACAGACCUCAAACAAAGGCUGCAGUUCCUUAGGAACUACGCUCAGGCCGAGCUCUCCGAGGUGGAGCAGGUCCUCUGUGAUGUCACUCAGUCUGUGGAGAGAAUCCGCAGAGAGCUGGUGGGUGGGAUCGAGGACAAGCGGGACUCUGUGAUUGGCCAAGGGGAGAGGAUUGUGUCAAAGUUUGAGAUGGAACUAAGCAAGCUGAAGGAGAGCAGGGCUCGACUGGAGGCUCAGGCCACAACAGAAGACCACAUCGGCUUCCUCCAGAGCUUUGAGGAGGUGAACAUUCCGUAUCAGGACACCAUGACACAUGACAACGAUCCUGAUCUGGAGUUACACUUUUCUCUCGGUGAGGUGAAGAGCGCACUGGGUGAGAUACGAGAGAAACUGGACGACAUCCACAUGGGGGAGGUUCACUACAGACACUCAGUGUCAUCACUUCCUGAGUCAGAGAGCAUGAUGAGCAUCAGGUCCACUAAGAAAAGGGACUUUUCACUGAAAGAUCUGCGGAAGUUCAAAUCAGGAUCCAGUAUUAAAAAGGUCAAAGGUUAUCUAGAGGACCUGUCAUUAAACCCUGUGACAGCAUAUCCCUUCCUCAUCCUCUCAGAAGACAGGAAGCAACUGAAGCGUGGAGAGAAGCUCCAGUUUUUCAGGAACAGCCCUCAAAGAUUUGAUGUUUGGAGCUGCAUUACAACUAAGGAGGGAUAUGAUACAGGACGCCAUUACUGGGAGGUGAGUGUUGGUGAUAAUAAAGACUGGAAAGUGGGCGUGGUCAGAGACUCUGCCCAGAGGAAGGGGCUGUUCGAUAUGAGCCCCAGUAAUGGUUACUAUGUACUGUGGUGGAGCACCAAUCAUCUGCGAGCGCUCACUACCCCUCCCCUGAGCAAGGUGAAAAUGAAUGGCCGUCUGCGUUAUCUUGGCGUGUACAUGGACUGUGAUGAGGGUCAUGUGAUCUUCUUCAAUGCCAAGACAGGCUCUGAAAUUUACUCAUUCAUUACAGAGGGAGCCUUCAAUGAGAGGAUGUUCCCUCUGUUUGGCACGUCUGAUAAAGAAGUACCACUGAUGUUAGCGGCUUCACCAACACACAUGCCUGAGUGAGGGAACGAGGGGGAAAGG